UUAUUUUUGCCCUUUAAUAGAUUAAUAUGUGGGGAUAAUUGAGUAUUGAAAAGUGAAAGUGUAAUGCAGUACAUCAAACCACACAUUUUUGUACCGAGGUUGGCCAAUGCUUCACAUUUAUUUUACUGAUUAUUCUGACCUCGUUGUUUUUGUAAUAGUUUGAGGUUAUCAGUUAUUCUGAACCGCGUGUAUCCAACAUAAGUUUUAAAUUGAAAUAUAUAUUUAUAUUAGUAUAAAAGCAUCCAUCUCAAGCUUUGUUGGCAUUUAUAAAUCUAAUUCGAAUAGUAGAAGGUUUCAAAGAUAAGGACAUUAAUCACAUCUCAACGAGCAAAGAUGAGCAAAGAGUGUAGUGACAUUUCAAAAACACUGAAUGCAAAUCUUUGGGACUCUGAUCCGGAAUUAUGGGAAAUCAUAAAGAAAGAAAAAAAGAGGCAGCUGAGAGGUUUGGAAAUGAUUGCUUCAGAAAAUUUCACCACUCUACCUGUAUUACAAUGUCUUAGCUCAUGUUUGAGUAACAAAUAUUCGGAAGGAAUGCCUGGUCAAAGGUAUUAUGGAGGUAACCAAUUCAUAGAUCAAAUAGAAUUCCUCGCUCAAAAAAGAUCCUUAGAGGCUUACAAUUUGAAUCCAGAAGAAUGGGGGGUCAAUGUUCAGCCAUAUUCCGGUUCCCCCGCGAAUUUUGCUGUUUAUACAGGGGUUGUGGAACCACACGGCCGUAUAAUGGGUCUCGAUUUACCUGAUGGUGGACAUUUAACUCACGGUUUCUUCACGCAAACUAAAAAAAUAUCAGCAACAUCAAUGUUUUUUGAAUCCAUGCCAUAUAGGGUUAAUCCAGAAACUGGUUUAAUCGAUUAUGAUAAAAUUCUGGAGACUGCAAAGUUAUUCAGGCCUAAAUUAAUAAUUGCCGGUGUAACUUGUUAUUCCAGAGCACUAGAUUACAAAAGAUUCCGUCAAAUUUGUGACGAAGUAGGAGCUUAUUUAAUGGCUGAUAUGGCACACAUUUCAGGAUUAGUGGCGGCAGGUGUGACACCAAGUCCUUUCGAAUAUAGUGAUAUUGUAACUACUACAACACACAAGAGUUUAAGAGGACCAAGAGCCGGUAUUAUAUUUUUCAGAAAAGGUGUGAGGUCUGUGAAUGGCAAAGGUGAAAAAAUUCUAUAUGACCUUGAAAGUAGGAUCAACCAAGCAGUUUUUCCUGGAUUACAAGGUGGUCCUCACGAAAAUGCCAUUGCUGCAAUUGCAACAGCAAUGAAACAAACGAAAUCCCCUGAUUUUGUAACAUAUGCAAAACAAAUUGUUGCCAACGCGAAAAGAUUGUGUGAUGGUCUUCAGUCAAAAGGCUACAAAAUUGUGACAGGCGGAACCGAAGUGCACAUGUUGCUUAUGGAUCUUCGGCCUAAAGGUAUAUCAGGUGCUAAAGCGGAAUAUAUUUUAGAAGAAGUGUCCAUCGCAUGUAACAAAAACACUGUUCCUGGAGAUAAAAGUGCGUUGAAUCCAUCGGGGUUGCGAAUAGGAACUCCUGCAUUAACAACCCGCGGUUUCAAAGAAGAAAACAUCGAUGACGUAGUGAACUUCAUAGACUGUGCCUUACAAUUAGGAAUAGAAAUAGCAAAGACCUCUGGACCAAAGCUUGUGGACUUCAAAAAGGCAGUUCAUGAACACUUUUCAUCAGAAGUUACAGCCCUUCGAAAUGAAGUUGAGAAGUAUAGCGAGCAAUUUCCUCUUCCUGGAUAUCCAGAAUAUUAGAUCAUACCACUACUAUUUAAUUUUUCAUUUUGUAUUGUUAUUAAACAUAAUUUUUUUAAAUGAAAAAGUUCUGCAUGGAAGAAUUGAACUGACUGAAUAUCUGGCACCAAAAUAUUUUUUUAAGAUAAAAACGAGUUUUUUGAAGCGCAAAAUUGUUGAGGAUAAAUUUAUAUUGUGAUAAGUAAUGUUGAAGAUAUUUCGGUUAUUUUAUUUGAUAUAACAUUCAAUUUCGAAUUUUUUAUCAGACUUAUUCUGGAAAGUAUAGUUUAGAAAGAAAUGGGUGCCUAAUGUUCAUGAUCGAAACAUUAAAUGUACUAAUAAGGCUUUUAUGUUAUCACACUUUUUUAAAUAAAAGGUAGUUUUAUUGCCAAUUGGAUAAGUC